AUGAUGCAAUUCCUGCUGCUGAUCUAUCUGUUUGUCACCAGUCUAAGAAUAAUUUCUUCACACAACCACAACAAUGAUCAAUAUCUUUUACAAAAUCUUCAAGACCAUUGUAAAUGUCACAAAGGACCAACGGGACCGCCGCCUAUUUUCUAUCGACAGCCAAAAAAUCAACCUCUGCCUAUUCCAGUUCCAGUUCCAUUUCCAGGGUUUCCUAAUAUGCCGUACCUACCUGACCUGCCACAAGAUUUAGCUAGUUACAUAUCAAAUGCUGCAUCUCCGUUUGCCAAAGAGACGCCCAAAUCCGAGGCCAUACCAGCCAUGUCCAAUCAGCUGCCAAUCAUAGUUUUGCCGUUCUACUCACAUGGUUUCAACCCUUACCGGAACCCAUCUUACUUUGGCAUGAAUCCUAAGCAAUCACAUAAAAAGCGAUUCUCUCCGUAUCUGAUAAAACGUGAUGACCGUUCAUUAGAAACUGGCAAUAUGGAUAAUUCUGAUGAUGCGAAUUAUUCCUGUGAUCCUCUUAAUAGUAGGUGUAAAAACACACAAGACAAGAAGAAUAAGGAAUAUGGAAUCUAUAGACGCCUUAAUAGUCCAAGAUUUGAUUUGGAAUAG